UUGUUAUUGUCGUUUUUCAUGACUAGUAACUACAAUUAGUCUAUAUUAAACAAGUGAUAAAUAAGAAUUAUUCAUCGAUAGAAUUUAGAAAUAUAUAAAAUACGAUUUAUGUUUUAGUUAACACAAGAAAAACUUGUAAACUAUGUCUAAAAUAUUUACCCCAACGAAUCAAAUUCGAUUGACUAAUGUCGCCAUUGUAAGAUUGAAGAAAGGUGGCAAAAGGUUUGAAAUUGCCUGCUAUAGGAAUAAAGUUAUAUCUUGGAGAAACAAAGUAGAAAAGGACAUAGAUGAAGUUCUACAAACACAUACUGUAUUUACAAAUGUUUCAAAAGGCCAAGUUGCUAAAAAAGAAGAUUUAGUCAAAAUAUUUGGUAAAGAUGAUCAGACUGAGAUAUGUAAGGAGAUACUGGAAAAGGGUGAAUUACAAGUGUCAGAUAAAGAAAGGCAUUCUCAAAUUGAUGCUUUGUUUAAAGACAUUGCAACAACUGUAGCUGACAAAUGUGUCAAUCCAGAAACUAAAAGGCCAUAUCCGGUUUCAAUAAUAGAAAAGGCCAUGAAAGAUAUUCACUUUUCAGUGAAUGUAAAUAAAAAUGCAAAACAACAAGCAUUGGAUGUAAUUCAAAUGAUAAAGACUGAGAUUCCUCUAGAAAGAGCUCAAAUGAGGGUCAGAAUUCUAUUAAGUGGUAAAGAAGCACGCAAGAUAAGAGAUAAGGCUGUGAAAUUAACAUCCAAAGUAGAAGAAGAAAGCUGGGAAGCUGGAACUGCUAACAUUAUCUGUUUAAUAGAUCCAGGUAGCUUCAGAAACCUAGACGAACUGAUUAGAAGCGAAACAAAAGGUACUGGGCAAUUUGAAUUACUUAAUCUGAAAGAAACAAUUGAGGGAGAACAAACACUGUAAUGUAUUUUGUUAUUUUCUUUAAUUAUAAAUUUUUUUAGUAUGUUUGUAUGACUAAUAAACACUUUUUUAAUAUAU